UAUAUUAGGCCUAGGGUAGCUGUGCCAUCUGAGAAGAUGAACUUCGAUAUUAGGAGUCCACUGGAAUGAAGGAAUCAAAGAAGUACUCUGAGUGGGCGAAAAUUUCUCCCGACAUUUAUCUCUUUCUAAAAAAAUGGGGAAAAUCAAUUUAAAACCCUAUUAUUUAUGUAUGCUUUGAAUAGGGAGUGAGGGCGCAAAUGAUUUUAUUAGUGGGUCCGCAACACCCCCACAACAUCUGCAUCUAAUUCUACAUGAGUAGUUGUUAUUGUUCAAUGGAUGGUGGGUUGAGGACUUCAGGUGGUUACAUUGAGAGAGUGGCAGCCUAGCAUGUCCCUUCCUUUGAUUGCUAGGGUAUAGCUAGUUUUUUUUUACUUCAAUGGCAUGCAAGGUUUUAUUUGAGUUAUUUACUGUCUAAUAACCAAUCAGGGGGAUGUCCCUCCUUCAACUAUGUUUCCUUCGUAAGUGAUCAUUGGAUUUUUGAAAUGUCACUUCUAUGAUCCUAAAAUAUUAAGGUUUAAAAAAUAAAAUGGUUCUGUUUAUGUUUUUGGAUGCCACAUAAGUCCAUAUAGCAAAUGUGAAGCGUUAUGCUUAGGGUCAUUUCCAAUUGCAUAAGCCCAUGCCCCACUUUAACCCAUUGUUCAAUAUCCCGGAAGCAGGCUGUACUAGAUCUUCAUGAUCUUCAUUUUUAUGUUUUAGGAUAGCUCUUCAACGAGCAAGUAAGGAAAUAUAUAUCUCUCUUUUUUUUUUUUAAUUCAUUAUCCAUCUCAUUUAUUUUCCUUCUUAUUUGAAUUAUACAGGCAUGAAGGGAAGUUAAUAAAAUCAAUUGUUCAAGCUGCUUGGGGUGAAUUAAGAAAGAGCCCCUUGACUGUUUCUGAUGAGAUGGUCGGUAUCGAACCUCAUGUAGAAAAAAUGAAGAAGUUACUAAACAUUGAAUCUAAAGAUAGAUGGAUUGUGGGUAUCCAUGGCUUAGGUGGCAUUGGUAAGACAACAAUUGCCAGGUGUGUUUACAAUAUAGUCUAUCAUGACUUUGAAGGAUGUAGCUUUAUAGCAGAUGUUCGAGAAACUUUCCAAACAAGAGGAGUUGUCCAUUUGCAGAGUCAACUUAUCACUAAUAUCUUGAACCUAGAGAACCCAAACGUUACUAGUGUUGAUCAAGGAAUUGAUGUGAUUAAAAAAAGAUUAUCUAAUAAAAAAGUUCUUAUUGUUCUUGAUGAUGUGGAUGAACAUACUUAUUUAAAAUCAAUAAUUGGGAAGGGUGAUUGGUUUGGUUUUGGAAGUAAGAUUAUUAUUACAACAAGGGACAAGCAUGUAUUAGAUAAUCUUGAAGUAGACGGAGCUUACAAGCCCAGUGAAAUGGAUUCAGAUCAAUCUCUUAAACUUUUUUGCAAACAUGCCUUCAAAAUGGACCUACCACCGGAAAAUUAUUUGGAUAUCUCAAAAGAUAUUGUCAAAACCACUGGAGGACUUCCUUUGGCUCUUGAGGUUAUAGGUUCAUAUUUAUUUCGUAAAGGAGAAUCAGCAUGGAAAGACACAGUGAAGAAGUUGGCCAGAACUCCACAUGAAGCGGUGCAAAAGAAGUUGAGGAUAAGCUAUGAUGGGUUAAAUCAUGAGGAGAAAGAGAUGUUUCUUGAUAUUGCUUGUUUUUUUAUUGGAAUGGAUAAGAAUACUGCAUGUUACAUAUGGGAUGGCUGUGACUUUUUCCCUGGAAGUGGAAUUGAAACUCUCCACCUAAAGUCACUGGUUAAGAUUGAUGAAAGAAAUAAUUUACGUAUGCAUGAUCAGUUAAGAGAUCUCGGAAGGGAAAUUGUUCGUGAAGAAAGCCUUGAGCUUGGAGAACGUAGUAGGUUGUGGAAACAUGUGGAGAUAUUGGAAGUAUUGAGUGAUCAAAAGGGGACAAGGAAAGUUGAAGGACUUUGUGGUACCUUCCCCCGCGAGUUGGAAAAAAGCCCAUGUAUGGUGAUUGAAGGAUUUGCUGCUAUGACUAAACUAAGGUUGCUUAAAGUCGAUAAUGCCAAGGUUGCUGGAGACUUGGUGCAUUCUUUUCCAGAACUGAGAUGGCUUAGUUGGGAAGGAUGCCCUAUACAAUUUACACCAACCAAUCUAAGAAAAUUAUGUGUUCUUGAUCUGUCAUGGAGUGACAUAACAGAAAGCUGGAUGGGUUGGAACUAUAUCAAGGAGGCAAAAACUCUUAAAGUUCUGAAUUUGACUUAUUGUUCUAAACUAUCCCGAACUCCAGACUUAUCAGAAAAUGUACAACUGAAGGAAUUGAUUCUUGAAGGGUGUUCAAAGUUGGCUACAAUUGACGCAUCCAUUGGUCAUCUUAAGAGGUUAGUCACAUUGAACAUGCAGAGCUGCCACCGUCUAAUGCAUAUCCCAAUUACCAGCAUUUGUGAGUUGAGUUAUCUCAAAACACUUGACAUUAGAGAUGCAAUAAUCGACCAGUUGCCAGAAACAUUGGGCCGCUUGGAAGCCUUAACGGAGCUAUACGUUGACUUUUCUACAAUACAGUUACCUAGUUCAAUAGGUCAUCUGAGAAACCUCAAAACUUUAAGUACUGGACAUGUUUAUAAUUAUUUUCGAAAAUCGUCUCAUAUGGAGUUGGAGAUGGAUCUCCCGAAGCUUCCUCCAAGUUUGAAAUAUUUGGAUGCUUCCAGUUGCAAAAUGAAAUCACUCCCAUGGCUGUCAAAUCUGACAGAUUUAGAGGAAUUGUACCUUUCUAACUGUCCGUAUCUGGCGGAGAUACCAACUACUAUCAAUGCUCUUACAAAGUUGGAGUCAUUCCAUUUAGGAAAUUGCCCUCACCUCCAACACAUCUCAAAUCUUCCCUCAAGUCUAAAGAGCGUGAAGUUUUGUUAUUGUGAAAAUUUGAGAGAAAUAUCAUUUUUCUCAAACAUGAGAAAUUUAGAGAUAUUAUCUCUUCUUCAUUGCUCAAGUCUAGCAAAAAUUGAAAGCCUUGAAGGAUUAGAUUCCCCGCAGCAGUUUCAGAUGAAAGGUUGUCACUCAUUGAGAAAAUUGACGAAACCUCAGGGCUUGCAAAAAUCGUUGCACAUAGAGUUGAAGAAUGUUGGCUUAUCUGAGAUUGAAGGGCUUGAGGUAUUCUACUCCAUUGAGAGGUUGAAUAUAGUGAAUUUACCAUUAUUAAGAAUAAUUCCAAAUUUAUCAAGCUCCAAGAAUCUUGUGCACCUUAACAUUCAAAACUGCCCAUCAUUGAGAAUGAUACAACUUCCCAAAACACUGUGUGAAUUAGAUAUCAGAGAGUGUGACAAGUUAUCUGAGAUUGAGGGUGUUGAGGAUUUGGAAUCUUUGACAAGAUUUUGUCUCAAGGGCUGUGAAUCAAUAAAACAAUUGCCAGACUUAUCCAACUUGAAGACCUUAAAGAAUUUAAGCACUUGUGCCCUGCCACUAGAAAUUAAGUGUUUUUUUGAGGGAUUGGAAUCUUUGGAAAAAUUAACCUUAUAUGGAUCCAAAUCAUUAAAAGCAUUUCCGGAUUUCUCUCCCUUGAAGAACCUGAAACAUCUAAAACUCUCUGAGUGUGAGAAUUUAACGGAGAUCCCAAGUGUUGGCAGAUUGGAGUCCUUGGAAGUAUUGAUUGUGGAAAGUUGCAAAUCAAUGGAAACAUUACCAGAUUUCUCUAACUUGACAAAGCUACGGGAAUUAAAAAUCCAGGGUUGUGAGAAGGUAACUGAAAUUCAGGGAGUUGAUAGGUUGGAAAUUCUAGAGAUCUUUUGUUUUGGUAAGUGCAUUUCUAUUGAAACAGUACCAUGUAUGUCAAAGUUAAAGAACUUGACGACUCUAUCAGUUGUCAACUGCGAGAAGUUAACCGAGAUUCAAGGUGUGGACGGGUUAGAAUCCUUACAGAAGUUCAUUGUUGAUGGAUGCAUUUCUAUUGAAACAUUACCAUGUAUGUCAAAGCUAAAGAACUUAAAGACUCUAUCAGUUGUCGGCUGUGAGAAGUUAACCGAGAUUCAAGGUGUGGGCGAGUUGGAAUCCUUAGAGUCAUUCAAUGUUUGUGGAUGCAUUUGUAUUGAAACGAUACCAUGUCUAUCGAACUUAAAGAAGUUGAGGACUCUAUCAGCUGUCGGCUGCGAGAAAUUAAAUGAAAUUCAAGGUGUGGACCAAUUAGAAUCCUUAGGGUCAUUUAGAGUUAGAGGAUGCAUUGCUAUCGAGACAUUGCCAUGUUUGUCAAACUUAAAGAACUUGAGGACUCUAUUAGCUGCCGACUGCAAGAAGUUAACCGAGAUUCAAGGUGUGGGCGAGUUGGAAUCCUUAGAGUCAUUCAAUGUUUGUGGAUGCAUUUCUAUUGAAACGAUACCAUGUCUAUCGAACUUAAAGAAGUUGAGGACUCUAUCAGCUGUCGGCUGCGAGAAAUUAACUGAAAUUCAAGGUGUGGACCAAUUAGAAUCCUUAGAGUCAUUUAGAGUUAGAGGAUGCAUUGCUAUCGAGACAUUGCCAUGUCUAUCGAACUUAAAGAAGUUGAGGACUCUAUCAGCUGUCGGCUGCGAGAAAUUAACUGAAAUUCAAGGUGUGGACCAAUUAGAAUCCUUAGAGUCAUUUAGAGUUAGAGGAUGCAUUGCUAUCGAGACAUUGCCAUGUCUAUCGAACUUAAAGAAGUUGAGGACUCUAUCAGCUGUCGGCUGCGAGAAAUUAACUGAAAUUCAAGGUGUGGACCAAUUAGAAUCCUUAGAGUCAUUUAGAGUUAGAGGAUGCAUUGCUAUCGAGACAUUGCCAUGUUUGUCAAACUUAAAGAACUUGAGGACUCUAUCAGCUGCCGACUGCAAGAAGUUAACCGAGAUUCAAGGUGUGGACGAGUUGGAAUCCUUAGAGUCAUUCAAUGUUAGUGGAUGCAUUUCUAUUGAAACAUUACCAUGUCUGUCAAAGUUAAAGAAGUUGAGGAUUCUGUUAGCUGUCGGCUGCGAGAAGUUAACCAAUAUUCAAGGUAUGGAUGGGUUAGAAUCCUUAGAGAAGUUUGAUGUUAGUGGAUGCAUUUCUAUCGAAAUAUUUCCAUGUCUGUCAAACUUAAAGAACUUAAGGUUUCUAUUCGUCGUCGACUGCAAGAAGUUAAUCAAGAUUCAAGGUGUGGAUGAGUUGGAAUCCUUAGAGGAGUUCGAUGUUAGUGGAUGCAUUUCUAUUGAAACAUUACCAUGUCUGUCAAAGUUAAAGAAGUUGAGGAUUCUGUUAGCUGUCGGCUGCGAGAAGUUAACCAAUAUUCAAGGUAUGGAUGGGUUAGAAUCCUUAGAGAAGUUCGAUGUUAGUGGAUGCAUUUCUAUCGAAAUAUUUCCAUGUCUGUCAAACUUAAAGAACUUAAGGUUUCUAUUCGUCGUCGACUGCAAGAAGUUAAUCAAGAUUCAAGGUGUGGAUGAGUUGGAGUCCUUAGAGGAGUUCGAUGUUAGUGGAUGCAUUUCUAUUGAAACAUUACCAUGUCUGUCAAAGUUAAAGAAGUUGAGGAUUCUGUUAGCUAUCGGCUGCGAGAAGUUAACCAAUAUUCAAGGUAUGGAUGGGUUGGAAUCCUUAGAGGAGUUCGAUGUUAGUGGAUGCAUUUCUAUCGAAACAUUUCCAUGUAUGUCAAACUUAAAGAGCUUGACGACUCUAUUAGUUGUCGGCUGUAAGAAGUUGACUGAGAUUCAAGGUAUGGAUGGGUUGGAAUCCUUAGAGGAGUUCGAUGUUAGUGGAUGCAUUUCUGUCGAAACAUUACCAUGUCUGUCAAAAUUAAAGAAGUUGAGGACUCUAUCAGUUGUCGGCUGUAAGAAGUUAACUGAGUUUCAAGGUGUGGACGAGUUGGAAUCCUUAGAGGAGUUCGAUGUUAGUGGAUGCAUUUCUAUCGAAACAUUUCCAUGUAUGUCAAACUUAAAGAGCUUGAGGAGUCUAUCAGCUUCCGACUGCAAGAAGUUAACUGAGAUUCAAGGUGUGGACGAGUUGGAAUCCUUAGAGUCAUUCAAUAUUAGUGGAUGCAUUUCUAUUGAAACAUUACCAUGUCUAUCAAAGUUAAAGAAGUUGAGGACUCUAUCUACUGUCGGCUGUGAGAAGUUAACCAAAAUUCAAGGUGUGGACGAGUUGGAAUCCUUAGAGGAGUUCAAUGUUAGUGGAUGCAGUUUUAUUGAAGCAUUAUCAUAUUUUCCCCAAUGUCAAAAAAAAUGUUAAGGAUUUUAUAAGCUGUCGACUUCAAGAAGUUAACUGAGGUUCAUGGUGUGGGCGAGUUGGAAUUCUUAUAGUCAGUUCAUUGUUAGUGGAUGCAUAUCCAUGAAAUUACCAGAUUUGUCAAGUUUCAAAUCAAAAAAAUUAUGGAGUCCAUCUUUCUUGAGUUGAGAGAGUGACAAUCUACUUGAGAUCUGUCUUGGUGAUCUUCAUACCUACAGGGAACGUGAUUACGUACAAUUGAGUGCACAAGCCCCAUCUAUCAUAGGUCAUGGUCUAGGGAGGAGCUUCAACCCUCAAUCAUUGCAGGUUAUUGGAAGUCCUUUUGGGGGUCCUGAUUCUGAUUUACGAAUGCCUUGUUCUGUAUCUGUUAAGGUAAACAAGGCA